CUUUCCUAAAAAAAUUUAUCUGUCAUAUUUCAUAUGUCAUUUAAAUUCCUAAAAAAGUAAAGAGCUUCGACUAAAGACUGUAAGAAAUAAAUAUAGGUAUCAAAUGGAGGCACUGUCCGUCUCCAUUGUUGGCCUACUGCAGCUGCUCGGUUACUCGUACUUUAUGACACAGCCGGAGGAUCAAUGCUCACCAGCUCCUUGCCUGGGCAGCUGGCUCUUUCUACUGGCCACGCUCUGCUUCCUCUGGGACCUGAGCAUAUAUCCGCGUCGCUUUAUGCACAUGGCCUGGCAAUGUCAGCUGAUAGUCGAGAUUGUGGCUGGCUUAUUUCUGGCCGAGAUUGCGAUGCUACGCAUUUGGUGCGGUCUCGAGCGAAUUAUCUAUUGGCUGACGGAGCAGCUAAUUCAUGAGCUGCGAAUGGACGACUGCCGGCACGAACUGCAUCAGUACUGCCUGCAUGGGUUGACCACCGUGGCGGUGAGCGGUGCAAUUGUCUGGUUUGUAAUCAGAGCUACCGAUGUACCCUAUUAUCUGGACUGCUCAAUGCGCAAGAUAAAGCGCAACGGGCAGCAUAUGAUACGCAUCCUUGGCUGCAUUAGUCGCAUGAGCAGCUGCGAGAGGCGACGCACACUGAGAGCCUGUAGGCGGGCCAUAUUUUCAAGAUACGGCGAGACCACCAGUUCCGAGGGGGAGGAAGAUGGCGACGGUGAUGGGGUCGAGUAUGAGAAUGGUGUUGCCGAUGAGGAGGAUGGGGAUGAAAUUGGGGAGGAGGAUGAGCUUGAUGAUGAGGUUGGGGAGGAGGAUGAGCUUGACAAUGAAGAUGGGAUUGAGUACGACGAUGAAUAUAGCGAGGGGAAUGGAGAUGAAGAUGAAUAGCGAUUGAGAGCCAGCACUGACCAUGGCUGCGUGUCUAACCCACUAAACAAAUCAUGUGCCCGCAUUCGAUAGCCCACAUUGCUUUCCAUCUAUUUGGAAUUUAUAUUGCGAUUGCUGCAUAUCUCGACACGAUUUCUGUGCCACACGCAACGGAAAUUUACUUUUCUCCACUUUUGCCCCCAACAACCACCACGUUUCUAUUUUUUUUUUUCGGCUAUCUGUAACAAUAAAUUUUGUUGCACGAACGAACGGAGAAGCGGAAAAUAAAGAGAAUUUGCCUUUGCUGACUGUGAAGUUCUUCGACUUUUGUCUGCCCGUCAUAGACCCUAAAUGGCUGGGCUGGCCUUCAACUGUUGAAUGAGAACUCCAACCCAAAUGUGAGCUAAUCACUGAGCUAUUUAACUGUUGAAUGCCAAUUAUUUAUAGACACGGUGCACGGGAGGAAACAGUCUUCGCUACGGCACGUAGAGGCCUAUGUAUCCUUAGCGAUUGUGGUCAUUGUAAGCUGACAGUUUCCAUGGUGUUGUGCAACGUGUCAGUUCAAUUGUAUGUCACUCCUAUAGGACUACUAAUUGCUUAAUACAUAUACUUUACAAUUGUAGCAGAUGAAGCUAUAACACAUCGCAGGGCAUAUAAAUACGAUAUCGAAAUUUCUUUGUUAAUUAGGAUCUAAUUGCUACUUAUUGUUCAAAAUCCAAUUUCUUCCUAUUUUCCAAAUCUUUCAUUCAAGCCGUGAAGUGGAAGUGUUAGUGGAAAUGAUAUGUGAUACCAUAUUCUAAAAAUUACAAUUGAGAUUGAAUUGCAAUUUAAAGAAUUUGGUAAAAUUAGAAGCUGCUAUCCAAAAUGUAACAAUAAUUAAUAUUAUAUUAAGCCGUAUA